AUGUCACCUAUCAAGAUCGGUAUCAUCCUCGGAUCCACCCGUACCCCAUCAAACACACAGGGUAUCUCAACCUACUUCCAGAACAUACUCUCAACCUCCUACCCCUCACUGGAAAUAGAGACCAUCCACCUGUCUUCCUCACCUGGACAUCCUCUUCCCUUCCAACUGGACCAGACUGUCCCUCAAGCUCAUCCGCCCUCUACCCUUCCCGACGCAUACUCUGACCCCAUGGUCCGUCAGUGGUCUUCAACCGUCAUGGGGUUGGACGGCCUGGUAAUCAUCACUCCGCAAUACAAUUGGGGUUAUCCAGCAAUUUUGAAAAACGCUUUCGAUCACCUGUAUCACGAAUGGACUGGACUCCCUGUAGGAAUCAUCACUCUAGGUGGACAUGGUGGAACCAAAUGUCUUGAACAACUUAAGAUCGUUCUUGGAGGAGGACUUCACGUGGAUUUAGUGCAGAGUAACGUACUGGUACAAUUACCUAGGGAAUUGAUUGUUAGUGAGAAAAGGUUGGAGGGGGAUGAAAGUUGGUUAGGAGAUUAUGAGAAGGGAAUGAGGGGGUUGGUUGAUGAGCUGGUGGAGAGGAUCGAGAAUAGACGAAAGAUGAAAACCGAGGAAUAG